AUGCUGAACCGACUUAGAUGCCUUCCCGGCCGCAGGUGGAAAUCAAAUAGCACCAUCAAGAGGUUUAUCGACGAGAACCGGGCAAUUGCCAACACAACGGUCUUCCAGGGCACGCUUUAUGAACACACCGUUAUGAGAGAACUACAGGGCAAGCUGGCUAUGACCAGUCUGCAGAAGACUGGCGGCGCCAACGACCGUGGCGUCGACAUAAGAGGCUCCUGGGACGUUGCCAAGGUAUUCCAUACAAUGAACCCCAUCCUGAAGCUGGACCAGACCGAGGUGCCAGCAAGAUGCAAAUUGAACGGUGUCACCUUCAAGCCCUUCAGACACAAGCUACCGAGGGAAACGCAGCUGAAAGUGCUGGUACAAUGCAAAGCGUUCACGAGCUCCAAGGUGGCACCGAAAGAGUUCCGUGAGCUUUUGGGCACGUUUGCCUCGCUAGUGUCGGGCCCGCAGCGCAACAAGACAGCGAUCAUGAUGUGCUCGCCAAACAUGCUGACCAAGGAUGGACUCAGCCUCAUCAACAGCGUGCCAAUGCCACUGAUAUAUCUGAGAAUUGAAAUGCUACGGCUAAAAGGAGCCGACUACGAUAUUGCCGACUCCGGGCGACUGUUGAACUACUACGAGAACGAAUACGCCGCACAAUUCCUACAAGGAAUGGGCAUCAAGGAGUGGCUCAAGCUAUCGAUGUUUAAGUAG